GCGGGGCCAGGAGCGGAAGUGGGUGUAACGGGGACGGAGGCCGAGGAGGGACGCGCGCCGACACAAAACACUGGAAGGGGAAGCGGCGCGGGGCCGCAGGGAUGAUUCCCCCGCAGGAGGCGUCCGCCCGGCGGCGGGAGAUCGAGGACAAGCUGAAGCAGGAGGAGGAGACGCUGUCCUUCAUCCGAGACAGCCUGGAGAAGAGCGACCAGCUCACCAGGAACAUGGUGUCCAUCCUCUCGUCCUUUGAGAGCCGCCUGAUGAAGCUGGAGAACUCCAUCAUCCCCGUGCACAAGCAGACAGAGAACCUGCAGCGGCUGCAGGAGAACGUGGAGAAGACUCUGUCCUGCCUGGACCACGUCAUCAGCUACUACCAUGUGGCCAGCGACACCGAGAAGGUCAUCAGGGAGGGCCCCACAGGGAGGCUGGACGAGUACCUGGGAAGCAUGGCCAAGAUUCAGAAGGCUGUGGAGUAUUUCCAGGACAACAGCCCAGACAGCCCAGAGCUCAACAAAGUGAAGCUGCUGUUCGAGAGGGGGAAGGAGUCCCUGGAGUCGGAGUUCCGCAGCCUGAUGACUCGGCACAGUAAGGCGGUCUCCCCGGUGCUCAUCCUGGAUCUGAUCAGUGGGGAGGAGGAGCUGGAGAUCCAGGAGGAGGUGCCCCUGGAGCACCUGCCGGAGGGUGUGCUCCUGGACGUGAUCCGCAUCUCCCGCUGGCUGGUGGAAUUCGGCCACAACCAAGAUUUCAUGAACGUCUACUACCAGAUCCGCUCCAGCCAGCUGGACCGCUCCAUCAAGGGCCUGAAGGAGCACUUCCGGAAGAACAGCUCUGCCUCUGGGGUUCCCUACUCCCCCGCCAUCCCCAACAAGAGGAAAGAUACGCCCACCAAGAAGCCCAUCAAGCGUCCAGGGACGAUCCGUAAGGCUCAGAACCUUCUGAAACAGUAUUCCCAGCAUGGUCUAGAUGGGAAAAAGGGGGGCUCUAACCUCAUUCCUCUGGAAGGUCACCAGCAUGAUUCCCGAGUUAAGCACCUGUCCGAGGCCCUGAACGACAAGCACGGGCCGCUGGCCGGGAGAGACGACAUGCUGGACGUGGAGACCGACGCCUACAUUCACUGCGUCAGCGCCUUCGUCAAGCUGGCGCAGAGCGAGUACCAGCUGCUGGUGGAGGUCAUCCCCGAGCACCAUCAGAAGAAGACCUUCGACUCCCUGAUCCAGGAUGCACUGGAGGGGCUGAUGCUCGAGGGGGAGAACAUCGUGUCCGCUGCCCGGAAGGCCAUCGUCAGACACGACUUCUCGGCAGUGCUCGCCAUCUUCCCCAUCCUGCGGCACCUCAAGCAGACCAAGCCCGAGUUCGACCAGGUGCUCCAGGGAACAGCCGCCAGCACCAAGAACAAGCUGCCCGGCCUCAUCACCUCCAUGGAGACCGUUGGUGCCAAAGCGCUGGAGGACUUCGCUGACAACAUCAAGAAUGACCCGGACAAGGAGUACAACAUGCCCAAGGACGGCACCGUGCACGAGCUCACCAGCAACGCCAUCCUUUUCCUGCAGCAGCUGCUGGACUUCCAGGAGACGGCAGGUGCCAUGCUGGCCUCCCAAGUUCUUGGGGACACAUACAAUAUUCCUUUAGACCCCCGAGAGACCAGCUCCUCAGCCACCAGCUACAGCUCCGAGUUCAGCAGGCGCCUCCUGAGCACCUACAUCUGUAAAGUCCUGGGGAACCUGCAGCUGAACUUGCUGAGCAAGUCCAAGGUGUAUGAGGACCCAGCUCUGAGCGCCAUCUUCCUGCACAACAACUACAACUACAUCCUCAAGGCCCUGGAGAAGUCGGAGCUGAUCCAGCUGGUGGCUGUGACCCAGAAGACCGCCGAGCGCUCCUACCGGGAGCACAUCGAGCAGCAGAUCCAGACCUACCAGCGCAGCUGGUUAAAGGUGACCGACUACAUCACUGAGAAGAAUCUACCUGUGUUCCAGCCGGGAGUCAAGCUCCGGGACAAGGAGCGGCAGGUGAUCAAGGAGCGGUUUAAGGGCUUCAAUGAUGGCCUGGAAGAAUUGUGCAAGAUCCAGAAGGCCUGGGCCAUCCCCGACACGGAGCAGCGCGACAAGAUCCGCCAAGCUCAGAAGCACAUCGUCAAGGAGACCUACGGGGCCUUUCUGCACAGGUACGGCAGCGUGCCCUUCACCAAGAACCCUGAGAAGUACAUCAAGUACCACGUGGAGCAGGUGGGCGACAUGAUCGACCGCCUCUUUGACACCUCCGCCUGAGCUGUGCGCUGCCCGCCUGGCGGCACCAGGCAGCGCGGUGUGGACACAUAAACCGUGUUAACCUGCCUCUGGGCCAGGGGAGUGUGGUGUCCUUUGGGACAGGGAUGUUUCUUCACUGCCUGGGCCGGAGCCUGGCCCUGGGCCCGUGAGUCCUGGUGUGUGCCUCUCCCCGUGCCCUCUCCCUCCCACCCCCAUUCCCCACCAAACCAGCACUGCCCUGCACCGGGCUUCCUGUGCACCUGGAGUUUGUGUCCCCACCACAGCCUACAGGGGCCACGUGAGGGCUUCAGGACAGAAAGGGACAGAGGGGAAGACAAAGGCCUCGCCCAAGCUGCCUGUGAGCACGAGCAGGAGGCAGAACCACCCCCCCCAGCCCAGUUCACAGCUGGGGGGAACGCGCCCCCUUCAGCUCAGGCAUGUGGGUGGAAGGGCACAGGCCACAUGGCCGCAGAGGGCAAAACCCAGCAAGAUUCACCUGCUCAGGGUCCGUGCCGACAACACAUGCCCCAUUGCCCACAUCCCAAGGGCUGGGUGUUCUGCCCCCAGGAGGCGCUCUCCCCAGUCCUGGGGUCCAGCACACCUCAGCACCCAGGAGUCUUGACCACCCCAGGCGGCCUGACCCUCGGGGCCCUGAAUCCUGGCCCAGGCCAAGCAGCUGGAGUCACAGAAGGAGCAGGUGUGGGGGCGGGGCUGGGUGACUGGUGGCCACUGGUGAGAAGUUCGGGCAUGGAGUGGGGGCCCCACCUACACAGGACAAGAGUGAACAGCUGAGUUCAAUGAAAGCAGACCCUUGGGGAGCACUGUUGCACUUGGGUGAUGGGUUUAUUUCACACUCGUUGCUUGUGUGCUAACAGAAGGGAGAGCCUAGGGCCUCCAGGCUUAGGGAAGAGUUGGCCUCCCUCCCUGUCUCCAGAGACCCUGCAGGGCCCACCCCAGGCCGGCUGCCCCGGCCCUGCCCUGUUAUGGCCUCGGCUGUCCCCCGUGGGGUACGGCCUCGCCAGGGGCUGGGUCAGAUUUGCACGUCGCCCACAUCCAGAGUCCAAUGAAGAUGAACUGGCUGCACACCACCCCUGCCACAUAGAGCAGGAAGAAGGUGUGGUCGGCAGCCUCAGCCCAGCUCCUCCGUGACCCCGCUCCUCCGGGGGCCUCUGUGGGGAGAGGCAGGAGCAGGAGCUGCACUCCAGGGCUCGCCCCUCUCCCGGAGCAGGAGCCCAAGCACUGGCAGCAGGUUUCUCCCUUCCAUGGGUUCCCAACUAGUGGCCGUGGGCUGGCCCACUGCAGGCCGCCUUGAGGUGAAAGCCUUGUGGAGAGGCUCCCAAGGCACAGGGUCACCUCGCGGAGCGCAGUCACCAGGCCUCGGGGAAGCUCACCUCGCUCCCUGCUCAGACCUGCUGCUCCCAGGGCCGACGUGUAAAGCUCAGGGACGGGCCAGCAGAGUGAGCGCCAGGGCCCUCCAGCCCAGCGACCCCUCGCCCCACCCCCAGGGGUGCAGCUUGCCAGCUCUGCCAUCAAACCAGCUCCCAGCCUCCUUCCUCACCCACCUUCAGGAUUCGGCCCUGCCUCCUCAUGAGCUUGCUGCUCCCCUCUCGGGGCUGGGCCAGGGCUGCGCUUGGCCCUGAGGUGGUCCCGGGCCAGGAGCCCUGCCAACAGCACUGUCUCCACGGUGCUGACAAAGAGCAGCAGCAGCUGGAUGGUGAAGUAGUGAACUGGGGAGGGGCGGGGCCAAGUCAGGGGCCAGGCCUGUGCCUCCAGGGCUCGGAGCUGAGCAGAGGGAAAGGCUGGGCAGUGUGGUCCUGCCCGGGGCCAGGGGAGGGCACAGGGCUUACUGAGCAGUGGGUUGCAGGAGGAGGAGCUGGGCAGGACCUGCACCAGGGAGGAGUGGAAGACGAGGUAGCCCAGCAGCAGGGUCACCUUGUACGCCAUACGCUCCGGGGCCUGCAGGGGCAGCAGCCCCCCGCACAUGUCAGCCAACAGCAGCGCCUCCCCGGGGACCAGCAGAGCCAGGAUGGCCUUCAGCGCUGUGUUCUGUAGGUGCAGCUGGAAGGGAAAGGUUGGGGCUUCCUGGGGGGCGUGCAGGGGUGGGCAACAGAAGGCUGUCAUGCCUCUGGCUCCGCAUCCUUCAUGCCCUUGCCGCCCUCGUCAGCCACCUGCCGACUCACCUUCACCUGGAAGCAGGGCACCAGCUGCUGGGGCGGGACCUGGGUUUUCAAAUCCCGAAGUACAUACUCCCUCUUGACACUCACGAUCUCGUUCACCACGUGGGCCUGGAACUCCAGCUCCAUCACUGGGGGAGGGUGGGAGAGAGCAGUGAGCUGAGAAAUACCACCGCCCCCCCCCCCAUCUCCUGGGGGCAGGGGCAGGGGCAAGCUGGUGCCCAGCGGUGAUGGAGACUUCUGGUGGCUGCUGGGCAGACUUGGUGGUGACAAUGGCCCAUGCAACGGCUUUCCCAACCUUCCCCCCACCCCCCUAGAGGAAGGGCAUUUUCAGACUCAGACCGAUUUCCAUUGUAAAAAUAAAUGCACUUUGCAGCA